ACCGCCACAGAAGAAAAAAAAAAGGCGGAGGUUAGACGUUAGAAGGCGAAAGUAAAAGGCUUCAAACGUGCGCUUGGUGUGUUUGCUGGAAUCCAAAAUGUUGAAAGAGUUGGUGAAAGAGCGACUGAUGACGUCAGCUGAUGAAAUAUUCGCGCUGUUUGAAAGCACGAUAGCGACGUACGAGGAGGAACUCUCACGAACAAAAGAGGAAAACGAGCGACAUCGUCAACAACUGCAAGCUGUUUGCAAGACUCUGCAAAUCAAAGACGUCUAUCAGCUGAUUGGUCGUCAAGAAAAUUGUCCAGCUCAUUUGCAGGGGAGGAACUCGUCUUUGAAUCAGGAGGAUCCACAUCCCCCCAACAUUAAAAGGGAAGAUGAGGUUCUCUGGAUCAUUCAAGAAGGAGUGUGUCUUCUAGGCUCGAAAAAGGCUGAUCCCACCGACUUGCCACUGACUCUUGUCUCUGUGAUGAUUGAAGACCAUGAAGACAAAUCACUGGAGUCCUCACAGUUUCAUCACGGUCCAAGUGAGGAAAACGGAGGGGAGAAACCUCCAAGUAGCAGCUCACCACAACACAUGACAACAGAAGCUGAUGGAGACCCCAGCGGAGGAUCACAAGCAGACAACUUCUUAGCUCCACUAUCAGAUAGUAAGGUCGACGACAUGGACGCUGCCAGAGACCCUCUGAGCAGGGACGCAGGGACUCGCACUCACAUUCAACACUCUGAAUGCUCUCAAAACAAGACAGGUAAACUGAGUUUUCCCUGCUCUGCUUGUGCAAAAAGCUUUUCUUUCAAGAGCAGUUUGACCCGACACAUGAUACAACACACGGGAGUAAAACCUUUCGCUUGCUCAAUUUGCGGUAAUAGAUUCUCUUAUAAGGAAGUAAUGCUAUCACAUAUGAGAACGCACACAGGAGAAAAACCUUUCUGUUGCCCAGUUUGCGGUAAAAGAUUCUCGCAAAGGUCACCUAUGGUAUCGCACAUGAAAACACACUCGGGAAAACUAUACCCCUGUUCAGUUUGCAGUAGAAGUUAUUAUUAUAAGGCAAGUUUGAAAGCACACACGCAGUCACAUGACAGAGAAUUAAAAUAGACCUUUUCUGCGAUCGCGUCAAGUUAUGUUAAAUCAACAAAUCUUCUGACGUUAUGCGCAACCUUGAACCGUUGUCCUGUCUUGUCAACUUCAUACCUGCCAA